ACUAAAUUGAACCUGCACUUUGGAUCUUCAGUCAGUUGGUCUAAAGUCCACUACAUAGAGAAACAUUAGUUUCUUUUCAACUAAUGAAAGAAAGACAUGAACAUCUUGGAUGACAUGGGGGAGAGUAAAUUAUCAAGAAAUUCAAGAAUUUAUUAAACAUUGUGCUUAUUGUGAACACUGUAUCAUGCUGAUGUUGAACUCGUUUUAUAAACGUGUUUUUGGCACAUAAACCCAAUGGUAAAAUCACUCUAAAAAGCCUCUGCUUUAAUAUGCCAGUCUUGCCAGACAUCAUGUUUUCUAUGUCAGUCCAGUCUCAGGUUAUUUCUGAUGUCUGAUUCCAUCCCAGCUAUUAAAACUGACCGUUAGGUCAUCCUACACUUGCAGUAAAAUGUUUGUCAUCUUUCAUUUACCAUCUGUGCUUGCACAGGUUAUUGGACCCCAGCUGCAGCUUCCAAGAUCCCAGAGGCCACAGUAUAUCUGCCAGAGCCGUGCCCAGGCUGUGGGUAAAGGGAUAUGCCUUCAUGUGCAUCGAACCAGUGAGAGGGAUCAGUGUUCCCCGAGGAGAGGAUUGCACUCAGAGCUGUGGAAUUAAGUAGCUUUGACACUGUGACACUCUCUCUCUCUCUCUCUCUCUCUCUCAUAACUAACUGCACAUUUAGCCCAGUUCUUCCAUGGGAGGAGCAGAGAGAUGCUUCUUUAUAAAAGUCAAUAUGCCCUGAGGAUGUCAACUUUAAAGUCUCAGCUGUAUUGAGUGUGAAGACAUUUGGGCUUGUUUCCAUAAUGGAGAACGAAGGAAGGCCAGGUCUAAAUGUGCAGAAAAAAGGAAUCGUGAAGCAGCCUGACCCUGUUAAACCACCACCAAACAACUCAGAAGAAGAGGAUAUGGACUGUAAAGACAUGAAGAAGGAGGCACUGAACAGGCGCAAUGCCUGGGAGCCCACUGUCUUCUAUUCGCUUGGCAACGAGACCUUUUCCUUCACCGGGCAGGAGAUCAACAUCCGAGAGUCACUCGACUCUUUUGGAGCGGUCAUCUGGCCAGGCGCUGUAGCGCUCUGUAAGUAUUUGGAAAAGAACCGGGAGCAGGUUGAUCUUCUGGAUAAAGCAGUGCUGGAACUUGGAGCAGGAACAGGACUGGUGUCCAUAGUGGCUAGUUUACUGGGUGCCUGGGUCACAGCCACAGAUCUACCCGAUGUCCUGUCAAACCUGAACUUUAACCUCUCCCGCAACACACGGGGUCGCUGCAGAUACACACCUCAAGUGGCGGCUCUGGUCUGGGGUCAGGAUGUGAAACGGGACUUCCCCAGCUCCAUCUACAAUUAUGACUAUGUGUUCUGUGCAGACGUGGUCUAUCAUCACAACUUUCUAGAGGAUCUAAUGAUCACCAUGCAGUACUUCUGUAAGCCAGGAACCACCCUAUUGUGGGCAAAUAAGGUGCGAUUUCAAUCUGACCUGUGCUUCAUUGAAAACUUUAAAAAAGUUUUUAAUGUCACAUUGCUGGAUGAGAUCCCACAAGAGGAUGUAAGGAUCUAUCAGGCCACUGCAAUGACGUCAGCACAAAUGAGGGAGGAGAAGAGGGAUAACAAACAACAUGAUGUGUAGCAAGACUUGAAAAUUAUAUUAAAUGAGUCGUGCAGCCCCAACAUUGAAGGGAAGAUUCUCCACCUGUUGGCCAUCUGCAAAAUUGCAAGGAAUGAUUGGGUGGGGGGGAUAAAAAAAAAAGUGAUUCUUCAUGUAUAUAUAUUUUUUAUUACAUGAAGCUCCUUUUUGUUUCAGAAUUUAAAAAAAAUAUAUAUUUUUUAAGUUAUGCAAUUUCAUACUUGUUAUUGUCACUUUAUAUGUCUACUUAAUGUGACACAAUUGUCAGUUUCUUAUUUUAAAUAUCUCACAGUAAUUUUUUAAUUUCUCAGUUUGAGUUGGAAAUAAAUUUAGUUUUUAGUGUGAAUUAAAAAAAAAAAUGUUCCCCAAUUUAUUAUGUAUAAUCAUUAAUACUAUCAUUGUUAAUGGUUAUUAAAAUUGUAUUGCAUUUGCAACAUGGUGCGAAGUCCUAGUCUUCUUCCUAAAUCUACUCUACAGUUCAAAAGCUUGUGGUCAGUAAAACUUUUGCUUUAAGUAAAUUAUUAGUGUCUUUUAAAAAUUAUGGUAUAGUAGUAGUGGUAUUUAUUUAAUGUCAUGUCAGCAUCUUGGGCUAUUAUCAUGGCUAAAACAAUUUAAAAAUAAGUAUAACGAAUACAAUAAAAACCAGCAAACAAACGAACAUGUUAUAUUACAAGAUUUUCUGCAUUAACAGGAUAAAUUCUAAAGCUUUUUCUGUUAAAACUAUACUAAACUUGUAUUUUAAUUAUAAAUUAAUAAUUUUGUUGCCAGGAAAAUAUUAAAGCAGCACAACCAUUUUCAAAAUUAAAAAAAUAAUAAUAAUUGAGCACAAAAUCAGCAUAUUAGAAUGAUUUUCUGAUAGAUCAUGUGACACUGAAGCCUAAAGUUACAGCUGCUGAAUAUUCAGCUUAGCCAUCACAUAAGUAAAUAAGUAUAGUGUAUGUGACAAGACAAGAUAAUAAACAACAACAAAUCCUAUUUUAAUAAAGUCACCCUCAAGGAAAAGUGUGAAAACAAAAAGACAAACUGACAUUAGGCUCAUCUAAACAGUUCCCAAGCUAACGGUCUCUCAAAUAACUUUGAAAAAAAGACAAGCUCCUGGGAGACUUCACUCAGGGAAUAAGAGGACUUGUUUACAGCUGUGGCAAACAGAAUAAUAAAGAAAGAAAUGACAGGAAGGAGUGUCCUGAAGGGGGCUUGACUCUGGAUCACAGAGGGACUGUUCGGUCAUACUUG